GGGCGGGAGGUGAUGGAACAAGUGGAGAUCCUGAGGAAAUUCAUCCAGAGGGUCCAGGCCACGGAGAUUCUGGCCCACAAAGGGGACGACUACUUCGCCUGGGACUUUCGACUAAGACGAUUAUCUACCAAAUAUAAAGCAGAAAAACUUUAUCCAACAGCCACUGGCGAAAGAGAAGGAAAUGCUAAAAAGAACAGAUACAAAGACGUGUUACCAUCUGGUCACAGCCGAGUUAAGCUGACUUUGAAGAAGGCGCCUUCCCAAGAUUCAGACUACGUCAAUGCGCAUUUUACCAAGGGAGUCUAUGGGCCAAAAGCAUAUGUUGCAAGCCAAGGACCGUUAGCAAAUACAGUUCUAGAUCUUUGGAGGACGAUGUGGGACUACGAUGACGUUGGAAUCACUGUAACGGCCUGUCCAGAAUCUGGAAUGGGAAGGACGAAAUGUGGACGAUGCUGGCCUUUGUAUGCCGAUUCUCUAACGUUUUCACCAUUUCCAAUGACUUGUGAAGCCGAACAAGCCGGGGCAGACUGCCGUAUUAGAACGUCGUUACUUGAAUUUCAAGACGAAUCUCGUGGACUAUGUCAAUUUCAUCAUGUGGACUCAGACUGUGACGUUCCUUCAUCAUUCGAUCCUGUUCCGGACGUGACCGGCCCCGAGGAUGUGCCUAUUCGUAUGCACUGCGGUGCGGGCUGUGGACGAACAGGAGCCAUCUGUGCCAUAGAUUAUACACGGAAUUUGCUGAAAGCUGGGAAGAUACCUGAAGAGUUUAAUGUAUUCAAUUCAAUACAAGAAACGAGAACACAGAGGCAUCGCGCAGCACAAACCAAGGGACAGCAUGAACUUGUCCAUCGAGCCGUGGCCCGGCUGUUUGAAGAACAACUUCAAAAACAUGAAAAAUAUUCAGACUGGAAAAUGUCUGAUGUAGUGGAUGAAAGUAGUACUGAAAGGACUGUCGGCUCUCUGGACCUCGAAGAAACAGAUUCUCCCCCUCCGAAGCCUCCACGUACACACAGUCGCCUUGCUGAAAGGGACGCUAAAGAAGAAAUAUCACAGCCUCCAGAGCCUCGACCUGUGCCGCCCAUCUGGACACCUUCUCCUCCUUCAGCCUGUCCAACACUUACUACAGCAUGGCAAGACAAUGACCCAGAUCAUCCAAAGCCUGUAUUGCACGUAGUUUCGUCAGAUCAGCGGUCCACGGAGCUCGAUAAAAACGACAAUGAGCUGUCAGGACUUCCAGGGACGAGUGAAUCAGUAGUUGAACACGCGGAGAAGAAACUGGAGCAAAACUUAAGUUUUGAAAUUAAAAAGGUUCCCCUACAAGAGGGACCGGAAAGUUUUGAUGGAAAUUCACCCUUGAAUGGAGCACGUGCGACUGAGAUUAAACCUGUUCUACGCUACGCCGCCGCCGAGAAACUCUCAAAGUGGGAUUUAACUGAAGAUAUUUCUCAAAACACUUGUGCGGACUGUGGUCUGUCACCAUCGGGCAAAGUCUCAGUAACUACACAAGAAGGAACACAGAAACGUUCGGAUACACCCCCGAGACCACAUUGUUUGCCUCCCAGAGAGAAAGGACUUGUCAUACGGCCAUUACAUGGCCCUGAAGAUGCACCGCCUGUUCCUGAUGAGUCCGAGUGCAAAGACCCGGCUGACCGAUGUCGGGCUACUAACACUAUUUUGCGAACAGUAAGCCCCGCAGCGUUACAAGCAGAACCUGGCAGUCUUGUGGAUCCUGCUGGUAACACGCUUUCAGUUAGGGCACCCCUCAGUCUUACCAACCCUCUUCGCUCUGAUGACGCUGACAGUGACGAAGGGGCCUGUGAUGGAGCGUUUCCCAGGAAUGUGACUGAUAUUCCAACAGCAAGCGCUACAGCUUCUGCUGCCACCAGCACUGAAAUCAUUUCUACUAGAAAAGUAUUACCAGCAUCCACUGCUGGACAGGACGUACCAGUUACAGUGUGUUCAGGGGCUGAAAAAGACGAUGUUAGUGAAGAUCCGCCUCCCCCACCACCUGCGAGAACUCCAGAAUCUCUUGUAUCAGCAAGUGAUCAUAAGACACCCGUAAGGCCUGCCGAGUGGAAUGAACUUCACACCCGAGAGCGACCUGAGCAAAAGAGCUCUGAAGUCUCCAUAUCUACGGAGAAUAAAACACUUGAUCAUCCUGCGGAGAGUGAUCAGAUGGCGUCUAAUAGAGACUGUCUGCUCUCUACCUUAAGUAACGAAGACGAUCGUAUUUCAGAAAGUCCAACAGAAGCCACAGAUAUCGGAUUUGGUAAUCGUUGUGGAGAACCCGAAGGACUGAGAGAUCCACCCUCAGAAUGGACACGAUGCAAAGGGACUGAGGACACAUGA